CAACGAGAUAUCUGGAGCGGAUCCUUUUGUCUGUACGACUCAGGCCAUAGCUGACAUAGUGAUACUGGUGGAUGGAUCCUGGAGCAUCGGGAGGCUCAACUUCCGCUUGGUCCGCAUGUUCCUGGAGAACCUGGUCAGCGCUUUCAGCGUCGGGAUCGACCAGACCAGGAUAGGUCUGGCCCAGUACAGUGGGGACCCCAGGAUAGAGUGGCAUCUGAAUGCCUUCACCACUAAAGAUGCAGUCCUGGAUGCUGUGAAGAACCUGCCCUAUAAGGGAGGCAACACACUGACAGGCCUGGCGCUGACCUAUAUCCUGGAGAACAGCUUCAAGCCCGAGUCAGGCGCCAGGAGCGGGGUACCCAAAGUCGGUAUCCUAAUCACAGAUGGGAAGUCCCAGGAUGACGUGAUCCCCCCUGCCCAGAGCCUGAGGGACGCUGGCAUCGAACUCUUCGCCAUUGGUGUAAAGAAUGCUGAUGAGAAUGAGCUGAGGGCCAUAGCUUCUGAGCCUGACAACACUCAUGUGUACAACGUGGCAGACUUCAGCAUCAUGAGCUCUAUCAUAGAGGGACUGACCCAGGUAGUCUGUGAACGGGUAGAGGAGCAGGACAAGGAGAUCAAAGGAGAGUCUGCAGGUCAGGAGACACAGGGAGCUCCUCAGGACCUAGUGACAUCAGAGGUGACAGCCAGGAGUUUCAGGGUGUCCUGGAGUCACGCUCCCGGCAGUGUAGAGAAGUACCGUGUGGUGUUCUACCCUGCUACCCAGGGAGGACGGCCUGAAGAGGCUGUGGUGGACGGCACAGAGAACUCUGUGGUUCUGCGGUAUCUCAACUCCUUAACAGAGUACCAGUUAGCUGUGUUCGCUGUCUACACCAGCUCAGCGAGCGAGGCACUUCGUGGCAGCGAGACCACAUUGGCUCUCCCCAUGGUGAACGUCCUGGAGCUGUACGACGUUACCCACAACACCAUGCGGGCGCGGUGGAGCGGUGUGCAGGGCGUCUCGGGGUACAUGGUCCUAUACGCCCCCCUGACCAAGGACCAGGCCUCCGACGAGAAAGAGAUGAAGGUGUCAGACGCAGUAACUGAUCUACAGCUGGAGGACUUGACUCCUGCCACUGAGUACACGGUGACAGUCUACGCCAUGUAUGGAGAAGAAGCUAGCGAUCCUAUGAGUAGCCAGCAGACCACCUUGCCACUGAGCCCUCCCAAGAACCUUGUGUUCUCCGAGGUGGACCACAACUCAGCCAAACUGUCGUGGGAAGCUGCCUCGAGGAAGGUGACAGGAUACCGCAUCAUGUACGUCAAGACUGACGGGCUAAAGACUGAUGAGGUGGAUGUGGGUCCAGUCACGUCCUGGACUCUGAAUGAACUGACGUCUGCAACGGAGUAUGAGGUAGCCAUAUUUGGGAUCUACGACGAGGGCCAAUCAGAAGCCCUCUCUGGCAGCUUCACCACCGACCCUGUGCCAGGACCUCUUGACCUCCAGACCAAUGAGGUCACCGCGGAGAGCUUCCGGGUCAGCUGGGGUCACUCUGCUCCGGGCAUUGUCCUCUACAAACUGACCUGGGCUCCUUAUGAUGGAGGGGACACUAAGGAGAUGGCUCUAAGUGGUGAUGUGGACUCCUUCCUCCUCAGUGGACUGAGCCCUAACACAGAGUACGAAGUGAUGCUCCAAGCCGUCUUCAAAGACCAAUCAGAGAGUGAUGCGGUGUUAGUGGUGGAGACGACACUGGUGCGUCAGGCGGUGAGAGGCCUGCAGGUCCAAGAGGAGACCACCUACAGCCUGGAGGUGUCAUGGCAGCUGGAGGAUCCUAAGGUGGACCAGUACAGAGUCACCUACGUCAGCCUCACAGGAGACCGCAACGAGGAGUCAGUCCUGGUGCCUGGGCAGCAGACCACAGUCCUUCUCCAGCCUCUGCUGUCUGACACAGAGCACAAGGUGACGGUCACCCCAGUCUACACAGAUGGACAGGACGGCAUCAGUGUUUCUUCAGUGGGCAGAACAUUGCCCCUCUCGGCGCCUAGCAACCUGAGGGUGUCUGAGGAGUGGUUCAGUCGCUUCCGCAUCACCUGGGACACGCCUCCUUCUCCCACGUUGGGCUUCAGGGUAGUCUACCAACCCACCUCUGUGCCGGGGUCAGCUCUGGAGACCUUUGUGGGAGACGACGUCAACACCAUGCUGAUCCUGAACCUGCAGAGUGACACUGAGUACACUGUGAAGGUCAUCUCUUCCUACACCACGGGAUCCAGCCAGCCUCUCCAGGGCACCGCGAAGACAUUGUACCUGGGCGUGACCAACCUGAACACCUACCAGGUGAUGAUGUCCAGUAUGUGUGUUCAGUGGCAGCCCCAUCGUCAGGCUGACCUCUACAGGGUGGUCAUCGAGUCUCUGCUCAAUGGCCAGAAACAGGAAGUGAGUGUUGGAGGCUCUGCGUCUAGACAGUGUUUCUAUGAUCUGACCCCUAACAGCCAGUAUAAGAUCAGCGUUUCCACCCAGCUACAGGACAUGGAGGGGCCCGCCGUCACCACCAUCACUACUACACUCCCCGCCCCCACCCAGCCACCGACACCACCCCCCACGUCACCCCCCCUACCGACCAUACCGCCCGCCAAGGAAGUUUGUAAGGCAGCCAAAGCUGACCUGGUCUUCUUGGUGGACGGGUCUUGGAGCAUCGGAGACGACAACUUCCAGAAGAUUAUCCGCUUCCUGUACAGUACGAUGGGAUCUCUGGAUCUGAUUGGUCCUGACGGUACACAGGUUGCUAUAGCACAGUUCAGUGAUGAUGCCAGGACUGAGUUCAAGCUGAACUCAUACGCUAACAAGGAAACGCUGCUCGACGCCAUCAGGCGAAUCACAUACAAGGGAGGGAACACCAAGACAGGCCGAGCCAUUAAGCACGUGAAGGAAUCUAUCUUCACCUCAGAGGGAGGAGUGAGGAGGGGGGUUCCUAAGGUACUGGUGGUCCUCACCGAUGGCCGUUCCCAAGACGACGUCAACAAGGUCUCCAAGGAGAUGCAGAUGGAAGGCUACAUCAUCUUUGCCAUCGGCUUUGCUGAUGCGGACUACGGAGAGUUGGUGAACAUCGCCAGCAAACCCAGCGACAGACACGUCUUCUUUGUGGACGAUUUGGACGCUGUCAAGAAAAUUGAGGAGCAGCUGAUCACUUUUGUGUGUGAGGCUGCCACUGCCACUUGUCCAUCGGUUCUGAUGAGUGGCAACACCAUGGCAGGCUUCAGGAUGAUGGACAUGUUUGGCCUGGUAGAGAAGGAGUACAGUAACGUAGAGGGAGUGUCCCUGGAACCAGGCUCCUUCAACAGCUUCCCCUGCUACAGACUGCACAAAGACGCCCUGGUCUCACAGCCCACCAAGUACCUCCACCCAGAAGGUUUGCCCUCUGACUACACCAUCACCAUCCUGUUCCGCCUGCUACCAGACACCCCCCAGGAGCCCUUUGCAUUGUGGGAGAUCCUCAACAAAGACAAUGAACCCCUGGUGGGGGUCAUCCUGGACAAUGGUGGGAAGACUCUGACGUUCUUCAACCACGACUACAAGGGAGACUUCCAGACAGUCACUUUUGACGAGCCUGACAUCAAGAAGAUUUUCUAUGGCAGUUUCCACAAGCUCCACAUGGCGAUCAGUAAGACCACAGCCAGGCUGGUGGUUGACUGUAAGGUAGUGGGAGGAAAGCCCAUCAACGCAGCUGGCAACAUCAGUAUAGACGGGGUGGAGGUACUGGGACGCAUGGUACGAUCCAGAGGGAAGAGAGACAACUCAGCUCCGUUCCAGAUCCAGAUGUUUGACAUUAUCUGCAGCACGUCCUGGGCCAGUCGAGACAAGUGCUGUGAGCUCCCUGGACUGAGGCUGGAGGAGGACUGUCCUGCCAUGCCCCAUGCCUGUAGCUGUUCUCAGGACAGUAAAGGACCUCCCGGACCCACAGGACCUCCCGGAGGUGCUGGUAUCAGAGGGGCCAGGGGAGAUCGAGGGGAGCCAGGCAAUGUGGGGCCUCAAGGACUAGUUGGUGAUAAAGGUCCUCCUGGACCACAGGGCCCCCCUGGUCCUCAAGGGCCUAGUGGACAUUCCAUCCAGGGACCACCGGGGGGUGAUGGUGAAAAGGGAGAGAAGGGAGAUGUUGGUUUACCAGGACCUCAGGGUGUUGGUGGAUCUCCUGGCGGAUCAGGAAGAGACGGACCAGUUGGACAGAGGGUAACAGUCUAUUCAUUUUGUUUGACUUACAGAUUCAUUAUUUCCAUUAUGUAUUGUGUGUUUAUUCUGUUCGUGUGACCUGCUCAAAGCCUGAACGCCCUGAGCUCUUUAGCUCA